AUGCCCGACUCCAUUUCGUACACCUACACCAUGGCUUCGGCCGCUUCCCACGUCACGGCGACGGCGCCUACGGCGACCGCCACAGGCCGCGCGCUCCGAACCACGCGCCGCGGCCGUCGAUCGCAGCUGCAGCUGCGGGAGGAGUACUCAUACUGCAGCGCGGCCGCGGUGCCGGCCGAGCGUCCUCACGACGAUUCGGCCUGCAGCGUGGCCGCGGUGCCGGCCAAGCGUCCUCACGACGAUUCGGCCGUAGCUCGCGCCAGUAAGAGUCGCGUCUGGCCCGCGGUUGGGCCGGAGCAAGAGCACGACGCUGCACCGCUGCAGCAGCGCUCUGCCGCCGAAGACGUCAAGGCGGAGCAGCAAGAGCAGAAGCAGCAGCCGUCCGAUCACUGCGCAGCGCUCGCUGAGCGCCAACUCGCCUCCGCUGCCGCUGCUGCCGACGACAGCGUCAAGGCGGAGCAGCAGCAGGAAGAGCAGCGGCCUUUUGACGGACUCGCAGCGCUCGCUGAGCAGCAGCUCGCCACCGCUGCCGCCGCCGCCGAUGACAAUGUCAAGGUGGAGCAGCAGCAGGAGGAGCAGCGGCCUUCCGACGGACACGCAGAGCUCGCUGAGCAGCAACUCGCACCCACUGCUGCCGUCGCUGACGACAAGGUGCUCGUGCAAGAGCAGCAGGAGGAGCAGCAGAAGUCCUCCGACGAUCACGAAGCGCUCGCUGAGCAGCAGCUCGCAUCCGCUGCCGCUGCUGCCGCGGCCGCCUUCGCCGCCUCCGCCGCCUCCAAGGCGCAGCUCGUCGACCACGAAGCGCUCGCUGAGCAGCAGCUCGCAUCCGCUGCCGCUGCUGCCGCGGCCGCCUCCGCCGCCUCCGCCGCCUCCAAGGCGCAGCUCGUCGACCACGAAGCGCUCGCUGAGCAGCGGCUCGCAUCCGCUGCCGCUGCUGCCGCGGCCGCCUCCGCCGCCUCCGCCGCCUCCAAGGCGCAGCUCGUCGACCACGCAGCGCUUGCUGAGCAGCAACUCGCACCCGCAGCCGCAGCCGCCGCGGCCGACGACAAGACACUCGUGCAGCAGCAGCAGCAGACGUACAGACUGCUUUGGCUGGUCUUUGGCAUCAUGCGCCUGCAUGCUCGCUCUGUCGCCCGCGUCGCCGCCGGCGUCGAGCACGCCGAGUCCGCCGCCGCCGUCGUCGAGCACGCCGAGUCCGCCGCCGCCGUCGUCGAGCACGCCGAGUCCGCCGCCCCCGCCGUCUUCCACGCCGAGGCGCCGCCCCUUCUCAGUGCUACUCGGACUCAGACUCUGCAGCUUGUCACCAACACUAUGCAGGUGACUGUAACCGGCGCCGGCAAUGUGCAAGUUAUCGUCCGCGGCGAUCGCGGCGACGUGCAGCUCAACGUCGGUGCGCUUUGA